UUAGCUUAUCUUGCUUCCUCGGUUUUCUCCAGCUUCUCCCUUCAUCCGUGCUUCGUUGAUCUGCAUUUGGUUCAUGCCUUCUUGCUUGUUAUUUUUGGAAAAACAUUAAAGCCUGUUUUUUUUCCUCCCCUGCUUUCUGCUCUUCUGUGGAGCAAAUGAGGAAAACUAAAGUGCAACACUCUGUUUUCUAGAAUUAGUUAAAUAUGUUAUUUAGCAAGUUAAAGUUUCUCACUCGAUUGAUGAUAUGAAAGAGGAGAAGCAAAAUGUUACCUUGAUGCUUUUGCUUUUACUCUCCUCGGGAAUUCAUACCUUUUUCCCCUCAAACUUUCAUUUUGGACUGCUUUCUCAUGACACAAACGGAACCAGCUGGAGUUUGCUUUAUAAACUGGAUCUGUAAAAGCUAUGGGACAAGAGAUAUAAAAAAAGGAAGAAGAUAGUAUUAGUGGAAAAUAUUUCCCUUGUGUUAGUUCCGUGUUCUAUAAUGUUUCUCCCAUUUUUUUUCAAAAAAAUUCUGGUGAGACUUCUUAGUGGGGUUUGUCUUUUUGUGUCGCACUGAGGGAGAUUAAAGAGCAAAAGUUCUUUAUAUUCUUUAUUUCUUUACAGUAAAAAGAAGUUAGGGGAAAGGAGGUGAUCAAUGCUCAACUUAAUCAUUCCUUUAUGGUCUUGUCGGGCACUAAAUUUAGUUUGACAAAGCAGAAAAUCAUGCUGUAUUGAAUCUAUUUCUACUCUUGCUAUGGCUUGCUGUAUUGAUGAUUAAAACAAAGUGCUUUUUUAAGAGUGACAUUGUCAGCUCUUCUGCCAUAUCUGAGUAUGACUGGGCAGCCGAGGGGGAUCUGUUCAAGGCUCCUGAACCUAUUAUUGAAGAACCAGUCAUGGACCUGGAUCCUGUGGCAGCAGCCAUCUCAAUGAUAUCCUGCGGGGAAGAUGUUGUUUCCUCACAGGGAUUAGAAUCCACCGACAUAGAUGCUCUUCAAAGCGAGCAACUUCUAAGUGAGGUAUUCUAUGAGUGCAAAAAGGAUCUUUUGGAGAAGACUGCAAUAGAGUCAUCACUAUGUGAGAUUCUGGAUAUCAAGUUUCCUGUUCUCAAUACAGAUGAAAAUAAAAUUCAAGUAAACAGACAAAUUCAUGACGUGCCAUUACCAAAAAGUGUCAGUUUGGGAUGUUUGAGCUCAAUGGACUGGAUGCAAGGAGCUAUGAUCAAGCCUGCUUUUCUUGAAUUCCCAGGAAUAGAUUUCAGUGAGGUUUAUGGAAUGCGGAGGGCAUUUAGCGAGGGGGAUAUUAAGGCUCUGGGUAAUGGCAAUGGUAAUGUGAACCUCAUCCAAUCUCCUCUUGAGAGGCCCCUUGUUAUGAGCAACUGCACGAGUGAGGAACGCAGGGAAAAGCUCUCCAGAUACAGGAACAAGAGGACAAAGAGAAAUUUUGGCAGGAAAAUCAAGUAUGCUUGCCGGAAGGCUUUGGCUGAUAGUCAGCCCAGAAUCCGAGGAAGAUUUGCAAAAACUGAGGAACCUGAGGUCAAGAGGCAAUAACUUUCAACUGUUCUAGUAAAAUAUCCCAGUAGGAAUGAUGUAGUUAUAUCUCAUCAAGCUGAAACUAGAUGUGUGCUCAACAGUGAUAUGUGCAUGGAGAUGGUGGCGGAGUCUCAAAACUGGAGCAGGUAUUGCUAAAUAAACAAGAUCCUAAGCCUAAAGCUACUUCAGAGUAGAAGACCAAGGAAAUGGAAUGUACUCCGCACUAGUUCAUCUCUUAUGUGCUGCAAAAUCAUCUUUUUUGUAGUCAGAAAUGACCUUCUAAAUUUGUAAAUAGGUUUGUUAAAUAAAAAGAAGGAAAAAGAGGUUGGCUCAUGUUCAUAUA